AGGGUCGGCUAGGCCUCGCCUCGCCGCCCAGGGCCUCCUCCGCCGAGGGGCCCUCCACUCGGGGGCGCCCCAGGUCCCACCUGCACCGCCCGGGCCGCUAGCCGUGCCGUAUGCUCUCCCGCGUUCCAUUUUCUCGGUGCUUUUUCUCGGCCGAGCACUCUCAUGCCGGCCUCCCCCGGGCCUCGGCGGGCUGGGCCUGCCUCGGAUGGUGUCAUCGUCAAACCAUCAGCACGUGACUGAGCAGCUCCGGGCCGGAGACAGAAACCCGGGUUCUGCUCCUCGCCCAGUCUCCGCCGGGUCACCUUGGACAAGCCACUUAGGAGCCCCGGUUUCUGCCUUUGCAAAACGGGCAAUACUAACACAGAUCCUGGAGUUCUUCGAGGACCCACUGAUUCUUACUCCUCUUGGUAUUGAGCUUUCCUCUAAUGAGGAAAUUGAAGCAAUGGCAGCUAUAUAUGGCGAGGAAUGGUGUGUCAUCGAUGACUGUGCCAAAAUAUUUUGUAUUAGAAUUAGCGACGAUAUAGAUGACCCCAAAUGGACACUUUGCUUGCAGGUGAUGCUACCAAAUGAAUACCCAGGUACAGCUCCACCUAUCUAUCAACUGAAUGCUCCUUGGCUUACAGGGCAAGAACGUGCGGAUUUAUCGAAUAGCCUUGAGGAAAUAUAUAUAGAGAAUAUUGGUGAAAGUAUUCUUUACCUCUGGGUGGAGAAAAUAAGAGAUGUUCUAAUACAGAAAUCUCAGAUGACAGAACCAGGCCCAGACAUAAAGAAGAAAACUGAAGAGGAAGAUGUUGAAUGUGACGAGGAUAUUAUUUUAGCCUGUCAACCAGAAAAUCCAGUUAAAGCAUUACAUUUUGAUAUCAGUAAAAAUCGAACAGAAAUAGAAGAAUUACCUCCGAUUGACCAUGGCAUCCCUAUUACCGACCGAAGAAGUACUUUCCAGGCACACUUGGCUCCGGUAGUUUGUCCCAAACAGGUGAAAAUGGUUCUUGCCAAAUUGUAUGAGAAUAAGAAAAUAGCUAGUGCCACCCACAACAUUUAUGCAUACCGAAUAUAUUGUGAGGAUAAACAGACCUUCUUACAGGAUUGUGAAGAUGAUGGGGAAACAGCCGCUGGUGGGCGUCUUCUCCAUCUCAUGGAGAUUUUGAAUGUGAGAAAUGUCAUGGUGGUAGUAUCACGCUGGUAUGGAGGGAUUCUGCUAGGACCAGAUCGCUUCAAACAUAUCAACAACUGUGCCAGAAACAUACUAGUGGAGAAGAACUACACAAAUUCACCGGAGGAAUCAUCUAAGGCUUUGGGAAAGAAUAAAAAAGUAAGAAAGGACAAGAAGAGGAGUGAACAUUAAUACCUGAAACUGUAUGAAAGGUUAAUUUGCUUAUAAUUAUAUACAAAUUCCACAGUCAUUAAAGAAUAUAUUGUGCAGAGAGGGAAUCCUGGACUGCUCAGGUCAGCCAAUUCAUCGUGGACACCAACAUUAUCUUUUCUUCUUUGGUUAUAUCAUCUGCUAAAAAUAGAGAACUUGUGAUAUAUUCAUGUGUGUUUCAAGGCAGAUUCAGAAGGAUUAAUUUGAACUUAAUCACCACUUCACCUAAUUUUUGGAAGGUAACAGUUGCCCAGGGCAGUACCUGAAUUAACUGUCCAUUUCAGUACAUGUCAAGUGCCUUUGUUAGGUGAGGAAGAUAUGUCUCUGGAGGAAUAUAAAUACCUGAUUUCUUGUCAUCGGGAUUCUCAUUUUGUUAAAUGAAUAUUGCCUUUUACUGCUCUUUAUGGCUUAUUGAAACCGGAGCUCACCGAAGAUUGAUCUUAGAGAGUUUCUUCUUGUGAUUUUAGUUCAUAAGUAUGUCACCUUUCAUUUUAUAGUGUUCAUCAUUGAGUAAUGGAUUGAUUAAGUGAAAAUCCAGGAGUAUCCAUCUGCAGUUAUGUGCUGAAGUAAUUCAUCUAACAUUUGGUCACAUAAGUGUUAUGCCUCAAUUUCGCACAUUGGUGAUUGUGAAAUUUCAGAAAGUGAUUUUCUAGCCUCUACCUUUUUUGUUUAAUUCUUGUGAU